AUGUCCUCAUCGUCGGCUCCUCGGCGCUCGCCGUCUACGGCCACGCCCACAACGACCACAUCCAACACCCAAGCAAUGUCACAGAGCCAUACACAGUCAUCCUCCACCAGUGAUGUUCCCUACAUCCACCCGACGUUCCCUUCGCCACCCCAGCACAUUUCGCAAGCCCGAGCUGCCGUGGUCGCCUCUCUGUCUAACAUGGUCGACACAAGUCUCACACCGCGCGCUACGCUUCUGCACGCCAACGCAGAAGGCUUGUCCAAGCAGGAGCGCGACGUGGAGCGCGCAACAGCAGCCCUUCGAAAGGAGAGGGAGGCUCUGGGCAAGGAAGCGGACCGGGCGGCGAGACGGCUGAAAGAAGUGGGAAACGUGCAGAACUGGGCCGAGGUGCUGGAGCGACAAUUCGUCGUGCUGGAGGAGACGAAGCGGCUGGUCGAGGAGGGCAGCGAGAGCCAGUGCAGCUGUAGUGACUGUGGGAGGUACGAUGACAGCUUCACGGAUGAGGAGCGUGACCAAAAGGAUGGUGAGCCCAAAGGGAAGGAGAGAGAGGAUAUGGCCAUGGCGGAUGCAGAUGAUGCCAAAGUUGCUUGGUCUGAUGCUAGCCGUAGUCUGAACGACAGGGAGUCGAGCGCGGGCACAGGUAGACCUAGAGGCUCGGAGACGGCGUCGACGGGGACCUCGCCGUAA